UCUUCUCAACAUCCAAUCUCCGGCUAUGGCGACGAGGGUCGACGAGGUUGAGGAGUCGGAGAUUUCGAGCAUGGAAGACGGGGUGGCCGCCUCCGCCGCCCGCACGCCCGGCGGCUUCAUAGGCUUUUGCUCCUCGCCUUCUGUCGUCACCACUGCGCAAAAGUUGAUAGCGGAGGUGAUCGGUACGUACUUUGUCAUCUUCGCCGGCUGCGGCUCCGUGGCCGUGAACAAGAUAUACGGGCAAGUGACGUUCCCGGGAAUAUGCGUCACGUGGGGGCUCAUCGUCAUGGUCAUGAUCUACACCGUCGGACACAUCUCCGGCGCACACUUCAAUCCGGCCGUCACCAUCACUCUCGCCGCGUUCCGGCGGUUUCCGUUUCGGGAGGUUCCACUGUACAUAGUAGCCCAGCUCAUGGGAUCGAUACUCGCGAGCGCCACCCUCACCGGAAUCAUGGACGUGACUCCUAACGCUUUCUUCGGGACGGUACCGGCCGGAUCCUGCGGCCAGUCUCUAUCGGUCGAGAUCGUCAUCUCCUUCCUUUUGAUGUUCGUCAUCUCCGGCGUAACGACGGAUAACAGAGCGAGAGGAGAACUCGGAGGAAUCGCGGUCGGGAUGACGAUAAUGCUGAACGUCUUCGUUGGUGGGCCAAUAUCGGGAGCUUCGAUGAACCCGGCAAGGAGCCUUGGACCAGCCAUCGUGAAGCACACCUACAAAGGUAUAUGGCUGUACAUAACUGGGCCGAUCAUCGGAGCCCUAGCCGGGGCGUUCGCGUACAAUCUGAUCCGGUUCACGGACAAGCCGCUCCGGGACAUCGCCAAGAGCAACGCCCUCCUGAGGACCAUCUCCAUGAACAGCCACCCGUGAAGCCAAGGGCCUGCAUGUCGAGUGGGAUCAUCCUGUUCCGUGUCCUCCGCUUUUCUCAGCUAGUUUCAUAUUCGCCUCGUCAUUUUCUCUUGAACGGGAAAUCGAGAAGUGA